AAAAAUUUGUUUGAAUUAUUCCAAAGAAGUGUUUAUCUGAUUCAACCAAAUUGUUCUCUCUGUGUAUAUUUUGUACGCACAAGCAUUAUAAAAAUAGUAUUUAUAUACUGGAAUACAAAAUUACAAAUUAACUAAUUAUAUGACGAUUAAAUAACGCAACAGAUACUGAAAAAUAAUCGUAUAAGUUAAGAGAUUGGCAGAAGAAGCAUAUUCGCGUUAUGGGAUCUGCAUUAAGCAAAUUAUUUUUGUACAAUGGAGGACGAAAAAAAGACAGUCACGGGCAGGCGUUAAAAUUUAUUGACGCUAGUAAACGGGAACAAUCAAUAUUAUUGUUAACUGUAUAAAAUGUAGCAUUAGUUAAUUGUUUACUUUCUUCUUUCUCUCGCGAUAUUACCAAUAUCUUCACGAUCAAAUCUUCUCUUAGAUAUUCAGGCAAAUGUUACAUAUCAUUGCACAGCAUCAACAUUCAUGUCAAUCGAAUGCAUAACAAUAACGAUAUCGACAACCAAAUUUGCCAGCAAAUAUUUGCGACGCGACGCGGCACACGACAAAGAUGCAUCUCGUAAAUGAGCACAAAGGUGAGCUGCGCUGUGCGAGGCACACGCAUCCCCGCGCCAUACACCGAUCGCUUUGGAGGGGUUUAUCAGCGUCCAGCAUUGCUUAGCUGGCACUGUUACAUCGCUUUACUUUACCAAGCUCUCGACGACGUCGCUUAGUACUCGUUUGACUUUCCCACACCUGUCGUACAAGAACGACGCAGAUCGUCCCUUGGUAUCGUUAAUCGCACCGAUAACGAAAAAGUUGCGGCCAAGUCUCUCUCUUUCCUCACUCUAUCCCUCUCUGUCUCUCCCUCUCCCCCAGUUUUCUCUCUUGAGGCAUCUCGAUUUCCUCUAUUACCUUCGCCACAGAUGAACGGAUUGUCGUGAAUCCUCACAAGGUCUCUCGAGUCGAAAUCGAGAGAACCCAAUAUUUCAUUUCGGAAUGUUCGGCGAGCGCAAGUAGAGCUCCAUGAGGAGUACUCGGAAUAUUUUGGGAUCUACGAUGUCAUUGUGCUACGAAAGAUACGCGGACGAUCGCGAUAACGCACUGAUAUCUUGAUAUCUUGAGCAAGCGCACGACAUCUUACACGGGACGACUUGCGCGCGCGUGCAAGGUGUGUGUUCGUGCAUUCUACUGCUCGAUAUACUCACGAUGGACCCUGUCGAUGACUUGAUGCUAUAUUUUUACAUUGCGUGUGGUGUCGUCGCUGUCGCGCUUAUCGCUCUUUUCAUUUUGGUGAUCGUGCUAUUUGUGAAAGUAAAUCGAUUAGCUCGGGACGGGUCCAACCAACUAAACAGGCAGACAAACAUGAUGGCGGACUUUUGUUACACCAAUCCCACGAUCGUGCCAGGAGAAUUGCUGUCUCGUCGUGGCUUUUCCAUGUAUAGCGGGACCAAUAAUUUCGACGAGGAGUUGGGCAAGAACAAGAAUUCCAUCCAAUAUGGGACUUACCACGAGGCUCGAUCGAAAUUCUAACUCAUCGAUCAAAUUGACGCGUCUACUCCAUGUAACAAUCGGUCAAGCCACUGAUGCGUUUACUCAUGCCAAUUCAUCAAUUAUAAAAUCGAAUAAUGAUUAAGUAAUUUAUCGUUUUAGUUUAAAUCAUUAUAAGAAUUGUUAUGUGUUGUUGAGUGUAUAUAUUUAUCCUUCAAAGUCUACAGGUUUUCGUUGUAUAACUUAUUGUAAUAUGGUACCAAAUGUGCAAUCUUGACUUAUUGAAAGAUUAAUAAUCGAGAUCAAUCUUUUUUUUUAUCGCAAUUACAAUAAUUAGAGUUAGAAUCGAGUUUCCUGCAAUCGUUGGGAUUCUUGUGAAAAUAAUCCUUAGUAUACUGAAAAUUUUCAUGCUUACGAUACUUGGCUGCGACAUGAAAUACAAUUUGUAAAAAGUUAAAAUUUGACUACGGAAAUCAGGCUGCAAUUCUACGAAGUCAACUCUCUUAGUUGUAUUAUCUUUCAUUGAUGCGCAACAUCUCCAAUUAUCGAAGUGGAAGUUAAACAGUGAAGCAUAACGAAAAAUAUCUCGAUGAAGAGAUGACACAUACAAAUAAGAUUCCUUUAUUCGUGUGUCAUUAAUGCUGUGUGUACAAUUUUGAUUGCCGCUUACCUUAUCGACCACUCGAAUCGCCGGUACAGUUUACCGAGGAGGAUUGUAUAGAUGUCACUAUAUGUACUUUUAUAUCGCAGCGAAAUUAUACACGGCGCUCUGAAAUUACUGCACUAUUUGCAAAAUUAAAAAAGAAUCGAGAGGCCGUCCAAAGAAAACUUUACACGGUUAUUAUGCCUAAUACCGCGACAGUAUUUUUUAAUGAAUAAAAGAUAAAAUUAAAUUCGGCUCGCUUAGUCUUCGACUUGACACGCGAUAACGUUUUUAUUUUUGUAAAUUGAUAUAACCACAACAUAUACAAAUAUAUAUAGAUAUUUAUAUAACAAUUAUAAUAAUGUGCGAUAUACCAAAGAUAAUCUCGUAUUAAGUUAACUGAUGAUACACAUAUACUGAAAAGUAACUAUUUAUAUCGCACAGAAGGAAUAUCAGACGGAUUGGGGCAAUUGUGUAAAUUUUUACGAAUCUACUGUUUACGAUAUUUAUUAUAUGGUAGCAUAAUAGUAAGGUAACAGGGUAACAUGUAUGAGAACUAAAUUGAAACGCAAGCGAAAGUAGUUCAUUUACAGUGCGAUAUUUAUAUUCACAAGUACACGAGAGAGAGAGAGAGAGAGAGAGAGAGAGAAAAUCAUAAUAAAUAAUUGAUUAUUUUCCAGUA